UUUUUUUCCCACUUAUACUUUUUCUUUUUAUUAUUCUUUUCUCUAUAUUUUUAUUUAAACAAUGACUUUUACUAUUCAACCAAUUCAAUCUACUCAAUCUGGUGUUGACUUUGGUGUAUCUAUUUCUGACUUGGAUUUGGAAAAGAUAACUGAUGAAGAAUUCAAAGAAUUGGAAAAAGCAGUUUAUACCCAUCAGGUUGUAGUUGUACAUGGUCAAGGACAUGUUCAACCGGAAACGCAAUAUGCUAUUACCAAACGGUUUGAGCCUGAAGUAGAUACUUAUGGUCAUGGUGCCCAACAUCGAGCAGAACAAUCUGUCAUUGCAAGAGACUUAUCUCCUCUUCCUAAUGUACCUCAGGUUCAACUUUUGGGUCAUGGUAUUGUAAGAGAUUAUCAAGGUGUCAAAGAACGUAAACUGACUCAUCCAAACCACAGAGUAUUCCAUCAUACUCCUUUGACUGAUGAAGAAGAAGCACAAGGUAAAACUAGAUUCUAUCGUUGGCAUAUGGAUGCUGCUUUAUAUAAACUAAAUCCUCCCAAGGUGACUACUCUUUUUGGCGUUAAAAAUCCUGAACCUAGGCGACAAAUUGUUCAAUACGAUGAUGGUACUGGUGAUACUUUGGAUGUUCAAUUAGGCACUACUGCAUUUAUCUCUGGGCAAAAGGCUUUCGAAAUCUUGUCACCUGAGAUGAAGGAAUUAGCUUUCCGUACUCAAGUCAAAUAUGCUGCUCAUCCUUAUCUCUGGAUUUCAAAAGCACGUGCACGCUCCAACGGUCUGGGUAUGGUAUCUGAAGAUAAAGAAUUAUCUCCUGAUGAAUUACCUCCUAUUGAAGAAAAAGAUAUCAAGAUUUAUCCUAUGCUUUGGAAGAAUCCUGUGACUAAGAAAAUCCAUCUUCAAGUCCAUCCUGCUGCUGUGGAAGAUCUGAUCAUUGAUGGCAAACCUGUAGGUGAUUUAAGAAAGGUGAGAGAACUCCUGUAUCAAAUCCAACGACCAGCUAUUAGUCCUGAAAAUGUAUUUGCUCAUGAAUGGCGAGAUGGUGAUUUCGUCCUUUUCCAUAAUCGUGGUGUAUUACAUUCUGUGGUGGGUUGUUUGAAGGACACCGAUACUCGAAUUUUUCAACAAUGCAAUAUGGCUUCUGCUGAAGAUCCUAUCCCUGUCACUGAAGAAGAUUUUGCUCCCUACCGUGCCGCUGCUGCUGUCGAUUCUACCGCCAUCAAAGUGUAGAAAUGGAUAUCUUUUUUUAUUAUUAUCAUUAUUAUUCUUUUAGUGAUAGUUGAUAUGUAUUGUGGUGAUUCGAAUAUUAAUAUUAAAAAAAUAAAAAUAAAAAUAAAAAUAAAAAAAAAGCUAUCUUCUAUUUGUAUA